AUGGAUUUUUCUAAAAUAGACAUUUUCUCAUCCUCUUUCUAAUUCAAUUUUGGAAGAUAAACAAAUAGAAAAGGCACUUUAUUUGGAGCUGUUUUGUCAACUAUUUUAAUAAUUACUAUGGCUAUAUUCUCAGCCUAUCUUUUUUUCUAGUUUUUUAGUGGCCAAAUUAAUCCUAAUUAUGCAUAACAAAAUUUUAUUUCUGAGGAAAUGAUUGAUGUUGAAUUAUCUGAAGAUUUAGUAGGAUUUAAAUAUGAAUAUGGAGUAAAUCUAAGCCUUGAUGAUCUUUAAGAACAGAAAAAUAAAACAUAUUUAGUUUUUGUCCCUUACUUAUACUACUAAAAUGGAGAUUUUUUCAAAAUGAUAUAGAUAAAUGUUACCAAAUGUUUAAGUCCUAAACUUUAAGGGUUUAAUUGCUUUGAUUUUUCAACUGUGAAAAACUAUACUCUAAGCUUAAGUACAUCAGAUAAUAUAUCUACAAAUAUAAACAUGCUUAUUUACAAAUGUUAAGAUGUAGAUGAAUUCAAAACAUUCAUACCAAAUAAUUGCGCAGAUGAUUCAGAUUUUAACUCUAUUAUUAAUAAUCCUUAUGCUGAUUUUCGUUUGAAACUCAAAACAUCUCAAUAUAAUACUACAUCAUAAAAAAUUUAAGUAAACUACAGAAAUUCAUAUUCAUUUAUUUAGGAUAGCCAUUUUAAAUUGUAUACUUAUAAAACUUAAAAAUAGAUAACUAAGCUUAAACAUGGUGCAAUAAUUCAAAGCGAAAGCAUUUUUUCUUCUCCUAUACAAUAUAAUGUUGAAAAUGUUAAUUUUGAUAGAUAAUCUUUUGUAUAAUCAGUUAAUUAAACAGCUUAUAUGUUGAUUACUAUUGAGAUGGAUGAGAUCGUUUAACAAAUAUAAAUUUAGUACUCAACAUUUACUUAAAUUCUUGCUCAGUGCAACAGUACAUUAGCUUUUUUAAUGUGUUUAGGAUUUUUAGGAAGGAAAUUUGCUUUGAAAUUAAUGAGAGAAGAAAUUUUUCUUCUUUUGUUGUAAAAUGUUUUUCAUGGGACUUAUGAGAAAAUAUUAAAAAAAAAUAAAUUAAUUGAUGAGUCGAAUUGCAAAUCUUUUUAAAAUAUAAUUUAAUAAAAUUAAAUAAAGUCUGAAUAAAAAGAAGAGGAUUUAUUGAAAGAGAGCAAUUAUUCCAUUUUUAUUCCUUCAUUUGACACUAAAUCUAUAAAAUCAGUUGAUAAUUAAUAUACUACCCUUUAAACACAAGGGUUGAACAUAGAAAAUAAUAAAUGGAUAUAAGAUGAAGUUAUUGAAAAAGAUUCAUUGAUGAGUUAGAAUGAAAUAUUAAAUUCAAAUAAUUUUGCCAAAGGUUUAAACUCUGAUGAGCAAAACAGGUUCUUCGGAUAUAAAGAGUAAUCAUAUUCACCCUAAAACAGAGACAAUUUUGUUGAAUCAUGUAGUCAAAAUAUUUAAAAUUCAAUCAAUUAAAGAUCUUAAAUAGCUAGCUAAGAAUCUUUAUUUCAAAGAAGAAGUGGAAAUACAAAAUUAAAAAAAAACCAUUGUAUUUAUCCUCUUUCCAAAUUGAUUAAAUAGCCUUAUAGACAUAAAGCUGAACACUUGAAAUAUUUACAAGAAAAUUAUCUAAAGAAAACAAAAACUAUGAAAGAUCACUCUAUUUUGAAAAAUAUCCAAAAAAACAUUUUUAAAACUAGAAUUUACAGGCUAGCCUAAUAUUAGUAAUCUCAAGGUUUAAACAAAUUAGAUAAGAGUAUCAUAGAAGAACAUAUUAAUUAAAGCUUAGAUGUAUUGUAGCUCUAUAAAGAUUUAAUACUUUUGAAGAAGGCAAUUAUGAUUCUUCUGACUAAGGAACAAUUAGCAGCACUUUAAUUGAUAGGUUUAUCGACAUAUUUUUUGAAGCAACAAGUAAAUAACUAAAAAUAGAAUUAAUAUCAAGACAAAAAAAUGAGUCAUUUCGAAGAACAAUUUGCUAUUUUAAAUUAGAGUAAUUUGCAAGAAAAAUACCUAAAUUCUUUCUUAGAAAGAAUUCUUUACAACUCAGAGAUAACUGAAAUAGAUUAAAGAAUAAUAGACUCUCUACUAUGA